AUGCCGGACGUUGUCGAGCGUCGCUGCCGCAGACUGGCCACGGACGUGUUCGAAGUCGCCGCCAUCGCCAUCAAACGCCGAAUAAAGAGAAAGGUGGUGGCUUGGCGCCAACAAUGUUCGGAUCCGAGGAUCUCCAACAAGGACACGUACCCGACGACAGCCCGCACCCGGCCGCCGUCCACCAAGAUCUCCAAGUCAGUGGUGUCGCUGCUGCUGCGCUUCAGCUGGGAUCGCAUCGUCAUCGUGCGAUCCACCAAGACCGAGUGGAGCAUGAUCGCGGACGCCAUCAAGGUGGGCAAGCGGAAGAUGGUGGUGGACAGGGGCCUGGCCGUGGAACACGGCGUGGACGUGCACAAGACCCACGACGUCAGCAACUACCUAUCCUUCAGCCAUCAGGAGAAGCUGAAGGACAUCGCCAAGCAGACGAGGGAGGCUACCAGAGUGUACGUGUUUGUGGGAGAGCACAUUCUCCUGGUCGACUUCGUGCAGCACAUGUACGCCUCGGGCUACCUGGAGACGGGAAAGUACGCUAUCAUCGCGGUCGAUGAGGAGAUCUACGAUCCAGACGUCAACCCAGAGUGGUACAUGGUCAAAGGGUACGCCAACCCGCUGCGGGUGCCGGAUCAGCUAGACGCCGAGGCGCUCCGAAACAUUUACGAGCCGUGGCGCAGCGUGCUGAAGCUAUCGCCCAGCCACCCGACCAACAGCAACUACAAGCAAAUCAUGGAUCAGAUAAAGAACGCGUCCACGGAGGAGCCGUUCGGCGUGCCGAUUCAUCACAGCAUUUUCCGCUCGAUGAAGGUGCCGGUGGCGGCGGCGCACGCCUACGACGCGGUGUUGCUGUACGCGAGGGCGCUGACCGAGGUGCUCGCAGCCGGUGGUGACCCCAGGAACGGCACCGCUGUCCUCCAGAGGAUCCGUGGACACAACUUCAUGUCACUGCGAGGCUACAUGCAAUGUUCGGAUCCGAGGAUCUCCAACAAGGACACGUACCCGACGACAGCCCGCACCCGGCCGCCGUCCACCAAGAUCUCCAAGUCAGUGGUGUCGCUGCUGCUGCGCUUCAGCUGGGAUCGCAUCGUCAUCGUGCGAUCCACCAAGACCGAGUGGAGCAUGAUCGCGGACGCCAUCAAGGUGGGCAAGCGGAAGAUGGUGGUGGACAGGGGCCUGGCCGUGGAACACGGCGUGGACGUGCACAAGACCCACGACGUCAGCAACUACCUAUCCUUCAGCCAUCAGGAGAAGCUGAAGGACAUCGCCAAGCAGACGAGGGAGGCUACCAGAGUGUACGUGUUUGUGGGAGAGCACAUUCUCCUGGUCGACUUCGUGCAGCACAUGUACGCCUCGGGCUACCUGGAGACGGGAAAGUACGCUAUCAUCGCGGUCGAUGAGGAGAUCUACGAUCCAGACGUCAACCCAGAGUGGUACAUGGUCAAAGGGUACGCCAACCCGCUGCGGGUGCCGGAUCAGCUAGACGCCGAGGCGCUCCGAAACAUUUACGAGCCGUGGCGCAGCGUGCUGAAGCUAUCGCCCAGCCACCCGACCAACAGCAACUACAAGCAAAUCAUGGAUCAGAUAAAGAACGCGUCCACGGAGGAGCCGUUCGGCGUGCCGAUUCAUCACAGCAUUUUCCGCUCGAUGAAGGUGCCGGUGGCUGCGGCGCACGCCUACGACGCGGUGUUGCUGUACGCAAGGGCGCUGACCGAGGUGCUCGCAGCCGGUGGUGACCCCAGGAACGGCACCGCUGUCCUCCAGAGGAUCCGUGGACACAACUUCAUGUCACUGCGAGGCUACAUGGUUCACAUGGAUGAUAACGGUGACGCAGAAGGCAAUUACACGGUGGUGUCACUGCUGCCAGAUCCAUCUGGCAACAGCAGUCUGCCCUACCGAAUGCUUCCCGUCGGCUAUUUCUCCACUGAGGGUGGCGAGACCCGGUCUUCGCGAUCCUCAAGUGAACUGCCGGAGUUCCGCUACCUGGACGCAAAGCAAGGCAUUGACUGGGUGCUAGGGCACCCGCCGCACGCGCACCCAUCCUGCGGCUUCGACGGCCAGCUUUGCCGCUUCGACCCGGACCCCAAAACGAUAGUAGUGGUCACCCUAGGUGUCUGCGUGGUGCUCGUGGCCGCCAUCUUUGCUUUCAGGCAUUACAUGUAUGAACACAAGCUGGCGUGCCUUCUGUGGAAGAUAGAUCUAAAGAACGUUACUCUCUUAGAGGCAGGUGGCUCGGAAAACUUCGCUACGCAGUUUAAGCCGCGGGGCUGUAUUCACCAGAUGGCUCGCUCCGAAUCCACCGAUGCCGGCGCCGCGACGACUGGGUCCACCUACUGCCACAUCGGCGUCUACAAGGGUACCAUCGUGGCGGUCAAAUACAUCAACAAGAGGAGUGUCGACCUGACCAGGAAUAUAAGAAAGGAGCUGAAGCUGAUCCGAGAGCUGCGGCACGACAACCUGCUGCCGUUUCUGGGCGCCUCGGUGGACCCGGGCCAGGUAUGUGUGCUGGAGCCGUAUUGCGCGCGCGGCAGCCUGCAGGACAUUCUCAGCAACCACGACGUGGUGCUCGACAACAUGUUCGUGGCCUCGCUCAUCUUCGACCUGCUCAAGGGCAUGAUUUACCUGCAUGACAGUGAGGUGGUGUCGCACGGCAGUCUGCGCUCCUCCAAAUGCCUGGUCGACUCUCGCUGGGUGCUGCAGAUCACCGGCCACGGCCUGCACGAGCUCAAAGCCAGCUCUGAUGACAACAAAACCACCAAUCAGCGCGCGCUGCUGUGGAAGGCGCCGGAGCUACUAAGGAAUCCUGCUCACCCGCCACGGGGCACGCAGAAGGGCGACGUCUACAGCUUCGGCAUCAUCUUGUACGAGAUCAUUGGUCGCAAGGGACCCUGGGGCGACACCACGCUGUCACUCAAAGAGAUCCAGGAACGGCUGGUGCACCCGGAGCUGUACGGCGGCCGCGUGCUCCGGCCCGACACAGAGUGGCUCAAGUGUGCCGACCACGUGCAGCGCUGCAUGCACGAGUGUUGGCGGGAGGCAGCCGACGAGCGGCCAGACUUCCGCUUGAUCCGGCUCAGCUUGAAGGAGAUGCAGGCUGGACUGAGGCCCAACAUCUUUGACAACAUGCUGGAACUGAUGGAGAAGUACUCGUACAACCUGGAGGGUCUGGUGCAGGAGCGCACCCACCAGCUGAUGGAGGAGAAGAAGAAGACGGAGGAGCUGCUGUACCGCAUGCUCCCCAGGACAGUGGCUGAGGCCCUCAAGCGUGGAGAGCCGGUGCUGCCCGAACACUUUGACAGUGUUACGCUGUGCUUCAGCGACAUCGUCGGCUUCACCGCACUCAGCGCCACCUCCACGCCGCUGCAGGUGGUGGAUUUGCUCAACGAACUAUACACUUGCUUUGACUCGAUUAUCGGGAACUAUGAUGUCUACAAAGUGGAGACGAUUGGCGACGCUUACGUCGCCGUCUCAGGGCUGCCAGUCCGGAACGGUGACAAGCACGCGCCUGAGAUCGCCUCCAUGGCGCUGCACCUGCUCCGACGGAUCAGACGCUUUGAGAUCCUGCACCGGCCAGGCGAGCUGCUCAAAGUCCGCAUGGGAAUACACACCGGUCCGGUGGUGGCUGGGGUCGUCGGGCUCAAGAUGCCUCGCUACUGCCUGUUCGGUGACACGGUCAACACGUGCUCCCGCAUGGAGAGCACGUCCGAGGCCCUGCAGAUCCAUGUCUCGGCCUCGCACGCCGCCAUGCUGCAGAAGCUCGGCGGCUACGUGCUCGAGUAUCGUGGCGAGAUCAGCGUCAAGGGCAAAGGUCAGAUGCAGACCUACUGGCUGAUUGAUGAGGAACAGGGAGUCGGUCGGCCGCACCGGACACUCGUGACCUCGGCUGACCCCGCCGCCGAGGGCAGUGACCUUCGACCCGCCCCAUCCAACGAGCUUGAGAACCCCAUGUCGGGCUGUCUGGUGCGACUUCCGCCAUCGCCGGCGCUCGUGCCACCCUCGCCCACGUGCAAGCUGGAGCCGGCGCGGCACGUGCCUUGCACCACGUGCCGCCACGGGCGCGACGCCGACUCCAAGUGGCGGGAGAAGGUCAUGAACGGCGACGCUGGCAGCCUGUGCCGUGAGCGUAGCUGGAGCUUCAACCUCUUCGAUAACGCCCACCAGGUGUACAAGACCAGCGCCACGAAGCAGAGCCUGAUCGCCAAGCUGACCAAGAAGCCGUUUGCCCGCCACUGCGGCGUGUCGGAGGUGCUUGGGGCGGACAGCAGCUCUCUUCGGGCGCUGCUCUCGCCCAGCGAGGAGCCCGCCAACUGGCUAGGGACCGCUCGCAGGGAUCACGGCGAUGACGUCAUCGAGCUGCACCAGCCAGCUGCUGACCUGGUCCCUGCUCUGACCCGACAGCUGCACGAACAUCGCACUCCGCUGUCGCUGCUGCCGGUACCGACCGUCUCCUGGGCCUUCCCGAAGCCGGUACCGACCGUCUCCUGGGCCUUCCCGAAGCCGGUACCGACCGUCUCCUGGGCAUUACCCGAAGCCGGCUCCGAUGCAACCAUCUCGUCCGACAGUUGGUGCGACAAAGCCCUCAGCUCCUUGGCAUCCACCCUCGAGGUGGGCGCGUGGCGCCUGCAACACGACGUGUUCGUUGGUUGA